GAGCGGGAGGGCGGGGGGGGGCACCGGCGUGAGACAGCAUGCAUGUUGGUUCGGGAUGUGUGUGUGUGUGAGCUGCAGAAGGGUGCUUUGCCGGCUCCGCUCAGCCAUCUCUGUCAGCGUGGCGUUUGCUCCCUUUUUUCUGUCUCUCAUCUCUUCUUUUUCCCCAUUUUUUUUUUCUUGCCUUUUUUUUCUCUCUGCAGAAGCCGCUGCCCCCACCCCCACCCCCCAGACCUCUCUGCAGACAAAAAAGACAAGCCGCCCUACCCUACCAGGUGACCGAUCCCCUUCCCCGGCGUCCCAGCAGACAGACAGACAGACAGGCAUGGCAGACGGUCGGCAGCCAGACGAGCACUGGGCCUCCAACGGCCAGGAGAACGGCGAGAACGGCUACUCCGCCUACAGCUCCGCCUACAGGGAGAAUGGAUACCACGGUGGGGCGGGCGCCCAUCCUGCAGCGGCAGCGGAUGACUCAGCCAAUUUGCCUCCCUCCCCUCCCCCUUCUCCAUCCGCUGAGCAGGUUGAGCCCGUGGCACAAGAGGAUAAAGUAGAAGUUGUCAGUCAACAGCAGGAUGAGGAGGAGCCCCCCAGUUACCAGGAGGAAGUGGCAUGUAAGCAGCCUGGAGACAUGCCCUUAGAGCAGACAGAUUAUUUAACUGAGCCCCAGGCUUUGGGCAGCCAGCAGGCCCAGACCCCUGAGGUCCUCAAUGGAGGAAGUCAUGAAGGUGAACACGGCCCGUCACAGAAAGCCCAGCCAGAAGAAUGCAUCAGUCAGGAAUCUUGUGAGUCGGCUACGAAAGAAGAUGGUCGUCCAGCGGUGUCGCUACAAGAGACGAGGUUGGCUGUUGAAAGAGCAACGCCUGAAGGGGCACCGCUCACCUCGAUUGAAGCUCCCUCUCCCUCUAUGAAAGAGAAAGCGCUCUCUGACACCUCCUCAGUGGAGCAGUGUGACCCACAGACGAAGGAUGUAGUGGAAGAGGCUGCUGCGAGCCGCCUGCAGGUAGAGUGCAAAGAAAAAGAAGUAAAUCAAUCUAUUGUGACAGAGGAGUUAUCACAUCUUAAGGAGAAGGGGAAAAAUGAAGAGGACCAAGAUGGUGGCAGUGACAUGGAGUUGCAUGAGAUGCCAGUAGCUGAUGUUCAAAAAGAGGACCAAAAGCAAGAAGCAGUCAAGUUCAGUGCAGCACUCGUCACAGAUUUAAAGGAGACAUCAGAAAUUCUACAAAAGUUUGGAGCAAAAACCUACUUUGAGACAUCCUCAGAAAGCCACAAAAAAGAGUCAUCACAAACUCAAAGCUAUUACGAACUUAACAUGGCAGCAGAGAAUAAAUUGUGUAAGGACACUAAACGCAUUAUGCAGAAGCUCGGGGAACAGCAGGAGAGAUCAGCCAAAAUAUCUCCUGCGAAGAUGUCACAAGAACAAAGAAGCCUCUCUCUAAAUAUUACUGUUGGUUCUUCGGUAGGACAAAUCAGCAAGGAACAGAAUUUAAGUAGAUUGUGUCCCAUCAGUGGAAGCUUUGAUGAAUUCGAAGUUCACCCUUUAACUCCAGCUGUCUCCAUUACAUCAACUACCCCCGAAUCACCUCCAGAGACCCCCACAAUGGCAGUCGAGCUCCCUGAUAAGCACAAGCGUCUUGAACAUUCAGGCAGUCUCUCUGAAAUGUUGGACCUGGCUGGAGACCUGCCCCGGCCAUCAUUAGAGAAGAGGGAGCUCGACCACAUGAGGCGAAGGUCCGUGCCAUCAGCUUUGGUGGGGAGUUCAUUGGCCAAGCUUGCCUUGGUGGAUCAGACCUCAAGAGUGGUAGGAGGGGAGACCCUGCUGGAUGAACUGGGCUACUGUGUCUUUAAUGAGUACUCCGGGCCCAUGCCUUCUCCUGCUGAUGUACCCAGUCCCGGAGACUCUACGGACCAGCGUUUCCCGUCAAUGGAAAGUGAAGUUGAGGAGGAACUUGGGGCCACGGAUGUCGAUGGCAAUCAAAAAGGAACUCGACCACAAGAUGGCAAAGAAAUUGUGCCUGAGAUUUCUAAAAAGAAUGUAUCCGAAAAGAAAGAUUCCCCAGUGAUAAGUACCCUGAUCUUUGAGAGGGCCGUCACAAGUGGUGUAAAACCAGAUCGCCUCAGAAUCCCAUUGGCUUCCUCAAAAGGCAGACUGACUGAGCUCCGUUUGGAGAGUGGCCGGCCUGGAGACAUAAAGAUCCAAGCGAUUCCUGAGGUAGACAUUGAAAAGGACCCAUCCAGAGAGGCUUCUCCUAUCCCACCAGACUGCUCCUUCACUUUCACUCCCUCGGAGACUGUAAUAAAGGUACCCCCGACUACCACCACCCCCAAAACCCCCGAUGAUACACCCUCACAAACCGCGACAGAUGUCCCGCCGGAAUUCAAUGUUGAGAACGAUCCAAAGUCAGAGAGGUUUGAUAAUAAACACACAAGCAAAGAAAUGCAGGAGGAAUCAAAAGAAAGAGGCACUGAACCAGAAAUAGCAAACUCACCCACAGCGACAUCUCAGCCUCUCGGAGAGAGCACGGAAAAGAAUGAAAAGACUAUUCAAAGUGACCACGUGAUACCUACACAAUUAGAAAGAAUAGAAAGGCAAGAUACCUCAAAUGCUGGUCGGGAUUUAAGCACUGAAGAGCCAAUAGGUGGGAAAGAUGACCAAAUCCAGUUACAGGGGGUGGCAAAAGGCACACCAAAACCAAUUGUAUCCUCCCCAGUCAUCAUUAUACCUCAAGCACAAGUAGAGGAAGAAGCAGAUGAAGCUGAUGAUAUUGAGAUUGCUGAAGAGCCUCAGGAGGUACCUGAAAUUAAGAUGCAGCUGAUGGUAGCCGAUCAGCUGGCGGAAGACGAUCCGAAGUCCGGUACAGAAGACUGGAGCCACAGUAUUCAAACCAGUGACGAUGGGGACCCUGCGACAGACAUUUCCCACUUGUCUCCGUGCUCUGAUCACAAUCUACCACUGUCAUCGGACGAAGGUGGUAGAUAUGAUUGGAUAGCAGAGGACCAAGAAGAGGUUGAGGCGGUAAAGACAGACCGAACAGCGGAGGAGCAGCUGCAGGACGAUGGUUCAGAUGGGGUUGGCGAAGAGAAAGAGGGUAAAGCAACAGAGGUUGAGUGCGAGGAGAGGAUGGGUGAAGAGGAGAAAGACCUGGAGAUUGGUCAGGAUGUGCAAGAGAGCAGUCAGGCAGCUAAGGAUGAAACCACCAUGGACGUCUCCCUCCUAGAUACAGACAGUGGCUGGAUGGACUCACAAGAUGAUGACAAAAGUAUCAUGACUGAGCAAAUCGAAGCCCUCCCUCGGGUCCAAAGUCCUACCUGUGCACCAUUGGUGGACAGGCCCGCUAAACGGGCCCCUGGCAGAGGCAGGGGCCACCCGGGCACCUCUGAGAGCAAAGUGUCUCGCAAGGUACCCAGCCACCAUCCACCAAGAGAGGAGAUGAAGAAGAAAAAAGUCACCGUGAGGGGGGUUGACCAGAUAAAAGUGUCACCCCUCCAAAGUCGUUCUCCAUCUCGAAAGAGUGUAGCCAGAGCGGCGGCCAGACAUCCUAGGCCCGCUCUGCUUCACGGCUCUGCUAGACGCAAGGUCACAGGUAUGGAAAGCCAUCAGCCCCUCAGUGUGGCCCACCAGUCCAGGGAGAGGACCACUGAGAGAGCGUACCGCAGCCCAGAGAAGAGGUCGUCCCUGCCCAGGCCGGCCAAAUCUCUGACUCGCCACAUCCCUGCUGCUGAACAAGAAGACAGCGCCCCCUCCAGGCCAACCUCGAUCCAGUCCCGAGCGGACAACCGGACUGGAAGAGCCGCUGUUAUUACAGGUACAGAGUCUGCACGUUCACGAUCGGUCCGCAGCGGGGCCUCCACCCCCGGGUCCUCCGCCGUCACGCCCGGCACCCCGCCCACCUACUCCUGCCGCACCCCCGGCUCUCGCACCCCCGGCAGCCACACGCCAAAGUCCUUCAGCGUCCUGCAGGAGAAGAAGGUGGCGGUGAUCCGGACUCCGCCCAAGUCGCCGUCCUCCGUCCAUCGGCAGCUGAAGGUUCUCAAUCAGCCGCUGCCGGAUCUGAAGAAUGUAAAGUCCAAGAUCGGGUCCACCUCCAACCUCAAGCACCAGCCGAAAGGCGGACAGGUUACAAUUGUACACGAGACGCUGGACUUCAGUCAUGUUCAGCCAAAGUGCCGCUCCAAGGACAAUCUGAAGCACUCGCCCAAAGGAGGCAAUGUCAUGAUCCCAAGUGUCAAACUGGACUUUAGCCACGUUCAGGCUAAAUGUGGCUCCCUGGACAAAAUCCAUUACGCAGCGGGCGGCGGAAAUGUCCAAAUCCAGACCAAGAAGAUCGACCUGAGCCACGUCACCGCCAAAUGUGGCUCCAUGUCCAACAUCCGCCACAGACCCGGCGGAGGUAAUGUGCAAAUUGAGAACGUGAAGCUGGACUUUAAAGACAAGGCCGCCGCCAAGGUCGGCUCCCUGGGCAACACCAGCCACACUCCUGGAGGCGGGAACGUUAUGAUCGAGAGCCACAAGCUGUCCUUCCGGGAAACGGCCAAAGCUCGGGUGGAUCACGGCGCGGAAAUCGUCAUCACGCACUCCCCCGGGCUGGAGACGGGGGGCACGUCCCCUCGCCUGUCCUCCUCCGGCAGCAUCAACGUGCUGGAUUCGCCCCAGCUGGCAACGCUGGCCCAGGACGUCACCGCGGCCCUGGCCAAGCAGGGCUUGUGAGCGGGCUGCAGCCCCCCCCCCCCUCCCUCCCCACCAGCGUAGGAAGCCCUGCAGGAUUCUCCUUCAUUCAUAAGCAUCCAGUGUUUUCUCAGUGCAACAUGACCCCCCGCCCUCUCUCCCCCUCCACACACACACACACACACGUGACCCCACAGGUUUCUACAGUUGUAGGUGAUUGACUGUCCAGUCCAUCCGGCCCUUCCAGUGGGAUUUUUUCCGAACUCAAGGAUGAUUUCUCGUUCGUCCAAUGGGACACGGCCCGUCAGUGUUUGUUUGUUUUGUCAUUUAUUCUCGUUCACUCAAAAUAUGGACUUUUCUUUCUUGUUGUAGAGGUUUGAGUGGAUGUCUUUGUCCAGGGGGGGCAUCGAGGGUCUUUACGAUUGUACUGCGAUUGUUUUUGAGAAGCAUCGCCACAUUCCACUCGUAUGAGGUAAAGCGGUAUGGUCAACUUGUUGCAUAAUGUUCAUGCAGAAUUAAUAUGGUACUGAAUGCAAGAAAUAGCUACUAGAUACUAGACGCCAGUCUUAAAGAGACUUAACUUCCAGGAACAUAGCUUGUAACUGUACUUGCGGAAGAAUGGCUGAAAAGCAUGUCUGCUCAGAUGUGACAUGAGUUCUUUGUUUGUUCGUGGGUUGUUUUUAAUCUCAUGAUUUCCUGAUAUGUUCUGAAUUUGUCGGAGCGAUCCCUUGUGUUGUUUUCUUUUUAUAUCUGUCACAGUAGUGGAAGUUGUUGCAGUUAUUUUGUAUGUUCCCUGCAGCUACACUGGCUUAUUAGCACUUCAAUGUGAAACUGCAGUUAUGCAGAGUCCAGCGCUUAAAGACAACGCUUUCCAGUUUUUUUUACUGUUUGUUUUUCGCAGACCAAUGGGCUACAUUUUUGUUUGAUUUUACUUUAGCUCGGUGACUUUAUUGGGCUUCAACAAUGCUGUUAUGCUGGCAUGGCAAAAAAUGAAUAGUUUAGAUCUAUUUGAAGCAAUUUUUAAACCUUUUCAGUGUCUAGUGUCUCUACUUCAAGGUCAGACCCUUAGCCCCACCGAACCGCACCAAAAGUAGAAAAAAAUGAAGCUUUAUGAGAAAACAUUCCAUUAGUAGAGCAUCUACCUGGCCCUUUUAUGCGAUGGGACCAGUAACUUCACAGGAAAUGAAAGCCGAAACGAUGGAGAAAUGAAGAAUGGAAGUAACCCCCACCUUGCAGCUGUUAGAAUUCAUUGUAAAAAAAAAGAAUAAAAAACAAAACCGUUCUAGCAUAUUCUCUACUCACCAUUGUGGAACCCCCCCCCCCCCUCCCUCCUCCCCUGGUGUUGUUGCCCCUCCAGUGUUUUUCUGUGCAUCCUAUAUUCUUGCUCCCCCCCCCCCCCCGUUCCCCCCCCCACCCAGCUCCUCUUUGCCUGUGUAAGUGUAUUUAAAAGACCAUGUAGAUGUGUGCACUCUUUCCGAUUUUUGAGACAUACUGAUGACAAAUGCUCCUACAGGAUGAUGACAACAGUAAUAAAGGAAAAUAAAAGAUUUGUGCUGGU